AGCUCCAGAGGUCCUCUGUGGGGAGAGGAGAAGCUCCCAGGAGGACAACCAUCUCUGCAGCAAUCCACCAAUUAGACCUAUAUGAUACCUUUGUGAUGGACAGUCCUCUUGUUACCCAUGUGCAAAACACGGCAGAUGGGGUUCCUGCAGCACGCAUGGCUAUCAGUCUGCAUCGUCUAGACUCUCAGAUGGCCAUCUGGAACCUAAUCACUACAGGAACCACAGAUGAGAAUGGUUACUGUCCCGGAUUAAUUUCAAGACAAGAUUUUGCUACAGGGAUGUACAAAUUACGUUUUGAGACUGGACAGUAUUGGGAAAGCUUGGGCCAGACCAGUUUUUAUCCGUAUGUCGAGAUUGUCUUCACAAUAACAGACCUGGACCAGAAGUUUCAUGUGCCUCUACAUCUCAGCAGAUACACAUACAGUGUCUACAGGUGUAGCUGUAGGCAGUAGGAGGCAUCCUUUUUGC